AAAAAAAAGGAAGAGGAAGAGAAAUCUGUUACUGUUGUCAUUGGGGUUUUUACCCAGAGAAAGAGUUUUAAAGCAACAUCUGCCCUGACUAUGUGGUUAUUUUUCUUCUGAGGUUAAACGACAGGCUGUCCAAUGCCAAGCUCAGUUUUCAAGAUGUCUCUCCAAAUCAGUCUUCUGCACCUGCUGUUGUAUUACCUGAUGGUUGUGGGGGCUUUUGGUCAAAACUGGAGUGUGAAAUACAGCCGAACUCAAAUAUGUGCUUUAAAAGGAUCCACAGUGUUUAUGUACAGUGAUUACAAAUAUCCAUCUCAUCUUGAAGUGGUAAAGAAGUUUUGGGCAAAAAAUCCAGCCAAAAAUGUGGAACCAACUGACCUGACUAAAGAUCCAAGAUAUUCAGGCAGGACUGAAUACUAUGAAGGUGAAAAACAACUUUUCUCUCUCAAACUGAUUAACGUGACAGAGAGGGACGAGCACAUGUACUGCCUUAGAAUCACAACAAAAAGAGAAAAACAAAAAUAUUUAUAUUAUCCUGGAGUGACCCUCAACGUCACAGGCCUCAGAGUGGAGAGUCCUGAACAUGUUUCAGAGGGAAAUACAACACGUCUAACCUGUAAGACCACCUGCACUCUGACAGACAGACCAACAUACAUCUGGUAUAAAAAUGGGCACCGUAUCGGAACAAAUGAUGAAGAAAACAACACCCUCUCCCUGCAGCCGACUAGAAUAGAGGACACAGGCAGUUACAGCUGUGCUGUGAAAGGAUAUGAACAUCUUCCUUCUCCUGCUGUCCCACUCAGUGUCAGAUGGGCUCCAAAGAACAUCACAGUGUCCAUCAGUCCCUCUGGUAAAAUAGUGGAGGGCAGUUCAGUGACUCUGAACUGCAGCAGUGAUGCAAACCCACCUGUGAAGAUCUACACUUGGUUGAAGGGAUCAACAUCAGUAGGAGAAGGAAAAACCUACAGCAUUCCCAACAUCAGAUCUGAGGACAGUGGAGAAUACACAUGCCAUUGUCGUAAUGAUCAUGGACAGAGAAGAUCUACUGCUGUGCAGAUUAAUGUUGCAUAUGCUCCAAAGGGCGUCUCAGUGUCCAUCAGUCCCUCUGGUGAAAUAGUGGAGGGCAGUUUAGUGACUCUGACCUGCAGCAGUGAUGCAAACCCACCUGUGAAGAACUACACCUGGUUUAAGGGAUCAACAUCAGUAGGAGAAGGAAAAACCUACAGCAUUUCCAACAUCAGAUCUGAGGACAGUGGAGAAUACACAUGCCAGAGUCGUAAUGAACAUGGAGAGAGAAACUCCACUGCUGUGCAGUUAAAUGUUUUGUAUCCUCCAAAGAACAUCACAGUCUCCAUCAGUCCCUCUGGUGAAAUAGUGGAGGGCAGUUCAGUGACUCUGACCUGCAGCAGUGAUGCAAAGCCACCUGUGAAGAUCUACACUUGGUUUAAGGGAUUAGCAUCCAUAGGAAAUGGAAAAACCUACAGCAUUCCCAACAGCAGAUAUGAGGACAGUGGAGAAUACACAUGCCAGAGUCGGAAUGAACAUGGAGAGAGAAGAUCCACUGCUGUGCAGUUAAAUGUUGCAUAUCCUCCAAAGAACAUCACAGUGUCCAUCAGUCCCUCUAGUGAAAUAGUGGAGGGCAGUUCAGUGACUCUGACCUGCAGCAGUGAUGCAAACCCACCUGUGAAGAACUACACCUGGUUUAAGGGAUCAACAUCAGUAGGAGAAGGAAAAACCUACCGCAUUCCCAACAUCAGAUCUGAGGACAGUGGAGAAUAUACAUGCCAGAGUCGUAAUGAACAUGGAGAGAGAAGAUCUACUGCUGUGCAUAUUAAUGUUGCAUAUGCUCCAAAAAAUGUUUCAGUGUCUAUCAGUCCCUCUAGUGAAAUAGCGGAGGGCAGCUUAGUGACCCUGACCUGCAGUAGUGAUGCAAACCCACCUGUGAAAAACUACGCCUGGUUUAAGGGAUCAACAUCAGUAGGAGAAGGAAAAACCUACAGCAUUCCCAACAUCAGAUCUGAGGACAGUGGAGAAUACACAUGCCAGAGUCGGAAUGAUCAUGGAGAGAGAAGAUCCACUGCUGUGCAGUUAAAUGUUCUGUAUCCUCCAGAAAACGUCUCUGUGUCCAUCCGUCCCUCUGGUGAAAUAGUGGAGGGGAGUUCAGUGACUCUGACCUGCAGCAGUGAUGCAAACCCACCUGUGAAGAUCUACACCUGGUUUAAAGAAGGUGGAACCUCACCUGUAGGAUCUGGACAGAAUUACAGCUUUAGCUUAAACCCCAGAAGUGGUGGGUUUUACUACUGUGAGGUUCUGAAUGAAUAUGGAUUUAUAAGAUCCGCUUCAGUGCCUGUUGUUUUAAAUGCAGGUCACCCGCUGAGUCUGUAUGUAACUGUUUUUGUUGGAUUUUGUGGAGUUGUGGCUCUUCUUGUUACAGGUUUCUUCUUAAGGAGUAAGAGGCAGAACCAGAACAGAAAGACAGACAAUCAUGACUUUCAGAAUGCUGACCCUAAAGAUGACACGUACACAGCUCUUGACCUGACAACCAUGACUAAUGAUAAUGUGUAUGAAUUCCUAGGAAAUGUUCAUCCUAGUCCUCCAGUUGAUACAUCCAAAUCGGGAUGCUCUUACUACGAGAAUGUCGCAACUUUGAAAUCCACGAUGAAUACUGAUCAACACUGACACAAGUGAUCCCCAACUACAGUUGUCAUGCGACUUCUUCACCAGUCCAGAGACUCAACGUUCAUCUUACCUUUU